AUGGCACAAAGAGGAACGCGCAUAGGGCCGCUGCCUGGGGGUCGCCGGGGCGCGUCUGGAGCUGGCGCUGGACGCGGCAGCAUGCGGGCCGCCAGCCGAGCGCGAGGAGCUGCACGAUCACCUAGCAGCCCCUCGCAUCCAUCAUCCCCACCAGAAGGCUUGGUGUCGGCUGGGUCUUCUCGGACUCAGCAAGCGGCACCCGCCGCUGGUGGAGCACGUCGCAUGCGUUGGACAAAACCUAUGAAUGAAAACGCAUUGCGGGCGUACUAUAGGGCGAAAGGGGAAGAAACUGUGGGAAUAGCGUAUAGGUCUCGGAUGCAUUGCUUUUUUGCUGAGCUGGAGCCUUCUACCCCCGUCACGGAACAAAACCUGGCAGACCGAGUUCGGUACAUCAUGCGCUCGAAAAUAUUUGAUGAUGCCGAACUCGGACGACUACGACGUGAGGCUAUUCCGUCGUCGAAUGAAUCGGCUAUGGCUGGAGAUGCAGCUCCACAUUCGACAGACCAGCAUCCACACGUGGAAGCCGCCCUGGAUCUUCCCGUUGUGGUUGAUUCGAACGACGAUGAAAUAGUCUCCCACGAACUAGAGAAAAUGAGGAGUAUACUGGAAGAGGCGAUUUUGGAAACGCGCAGCACCCCUAUCGAAAAUCGACCGCGACUUCCCCGCAUACCCCUAAGCAAGCGAAAUCGGGCUGUCGUGAGGGCUCUUAACCCAAUGCUGGUGACCUAUUUGGAAGCCAGCCGGGACCUUUGCGAGACGGACUCAAUUCUCUUUGGCGCCGCAGUGGCAGUAUGCCGUAUUAUUGGCGCCAAACUUCCCAUGGCUGGACGCGCUACUACACAAAGUAGCGCCAUCCCAGCCUGGAGAAAAAGAAUCGAGGACCGUAUCGCAAAGGCAAGGGCCCUUAUCGGCAGACUGACAAGCUUCAGGUCGGGUAAUAAUAGACCGAGGAUUAUGCGCACCGUUAGGAUGGCGUUUGCUGGGACAAAUACCAGUUUGUCCCAGCCGGAUAUCACGCAGAAACUAACGGAGCGCAUAGACGACCUGAAGCAAAAGAUCGCUGCUUGGGGGAAGCGGAUUCGACGAUUUACCGACAGGUCAAGGCGGUUCAACCAGAAUCGUCUCUUCCAGAGUGAUCAGAAGAGGCUCUAUAAAUCAUUGGAGCGACCAAAGGUAUGUGGAGCGGGCCAAGGACCGGAUCAGGCAGACAUUAUCGCAUUCUGGCGUGGCCUGUGGUCAGAGCCCGUAAACCACAGCGAGGGCCCUUGGAUGGAAGUUGUGGCGAGCCAGGGUGCGAGUGUUACGCCUAUGGACCCCAUCACCGUAACGCCGGAAGACGUGGCUGAGGCGGUCCGUAGGGCCCCGAACUGGAAAAGUCUGGGGCUCGACGGGCUGCAUCAUUACUGGCUGAAGGGGUUCAUAGUGUGUCACGCUGUGCUCGCCCGACAGUUUCAAGAGGCUCUCGACCAGAAGUCGCUCCCGAGCCUCUUCACUACUGGGAUCACUCACUUGGUUCCUAAAGAUCAGGAUACCACAGACCCGAGCAAAUACCGCCCCAUCACGUUCACGUACUUGAAGACGUACUCCUUGGCCUGCACCUUGAACCUGCUUCUCGAGAGACAUAUCAGAGUAAAGUUCCCAGACGAUAUCAACCCUUCUCGCCUCUAUAUUCCCUGUACUUCCCAAGAUGCACCGACGGAACUCAUUGCAGCAGUAUUCUUUGAAUGUUUUGGAGUUACGUGGAGGAUGACUGUGGACAAGGGCAACUCUAUCAAAAAUAUGACUAUUACAAAUUUCAGG